AAAAAGCUCCUUGUUAGCAAAGUAGUCAUCGUAGAAAACCUCCUCCGGCAAUUCGACAAACAACAAAACAAACACCAAAUCAAAAUCGCUGGUGGCAAAAGAUGAAAGCAUUAGGAUGGUGGCUGAUGCUGGUGGGCUCGCUUCGAUUAGCAUCUGUUUGGUUCGGUUUCUUCGACAUUUGGGCUCUUAGGCUGGCUGUUUUGUCCAAUACAACCAUGACUGAAGUUCAUGGAAGAACAUUUGGAGUUUGGACACUAUUGACUUGCACUCUUUGCUUUCUUUGUGCAUUCAAUCUUGACAACAAGCCACUUUAUUUGGCCACCUUUUUAUCGUUCAUCUAUGCCUUCGGGCAUUUCUUGACUGAAUACCUCAUAUAUCAGACGAUGGCCAUUGCAAACUUGACUACCGUGAGCAUCUUUGCAGGUACAUCAAUAGUGUGGAUGCUUAUUCAGUGGAAUGCGCACCAAAAGAGCCAUCCAAAGCAUCCAUGAAACUGGGGAUGUUAUUUUGCCUUUGACGCGCAGGUCUUUCUUGCUGAUCUUGAGGGAGGUUUUGCUACUCGUUUCCAGCUUCUAAUUUGGAUUUCUGACACCGCAUGCCGAGGCUUAUAGCUCGCAUUGCUUGUUAACUGGACCGCUGUUUUAAUAAUGUUCUUAAUUUCAGCUUUGAAUGCUUCAACUAUAUUAAAAUUUUUGGAAAGCACGCGAAAGUUUACUGGCUUCGUGCAUGCUGUAAUUGUCUGAAUUUAUUGAGCGUCAAAACUUCAAUUAA